GCGACAGUCGGAGCGUCGUCGACGUCGUUCUCGAGAAAAGUUUCCACGUGGAAAAGAAAAAAAAUUGGAAAAAUGUUGAUCGGGCUCGUGAGAGAAUCGGUUAUGCAGUGCUUCUGCCACACGUGCCGGGCACCACUUCCAGCUGCCGUGCACAGAAGACAAAUUCCAAUCACAAAAGUCAAAACGAAACCAAGGACAAACCAACCAAAAAGGGUACAAUUCGUGACGACCGAAGUUCGUUGUCAGGAAAAGACCAGGGGCGGAUUGCGUUAUGAGGUCAUUCUUAGCGAACCGGAAGUCAAGGCCACUCCGCCCAAAAAGCCCGUCUCACCGAAGAACAGCAUGUCCGUUCAGGAUAUCGAGGAUAAGUUGAAAGCCGCCGAGGAGCGUAGACAGCAAUUAGAAUCUAAUAAAAUCGCGGCGUUGGCGACCAAGAUGCAGAAGAUAGAGGAAGCGUCCCGGAAGAAAGACGAACAGACUACUCAAUUUAUUUCGGCCACUCGAGACGCUCUCGAGCAAAAAAUGGAGAACCACACGGAGAAGCGCGAAGCGUACAUAACGGAUUUGAAAACCAAGCUUAAGGAUCACAUCGAAAACGUAGAGAAAACCCGAUUAUCAAUCGAACAGCAGACCGACGAAGUGAGAUCGGCAAUCGAGGAGAAGCUGAAGACGGCAUCAGUCCAACGCGACGAGAAUAUCAAAAAGAUGCUGGAGCGUCUCAAGGAGCACGAAGAACAAGUGCAAAAGGUCCGGACCAGCAAUGCUCUUAAAUUCCAAAUGCUGGAAGCGGCUGUUCAGGAAAAACUCGAACAGGCACAGAACAGACGCUCACAAAUCGAGCAAGAACAGAAAGAGAAAUUGCGUAAUUAUAACUCACGCCCUUUGGAAAUAAAACAAAGCGCUGUUUCCACGUUAGAAGUGCGCAAAACUGAAGUUUCAACCCAGCUGGAAACUAAAUUAACUAUCGCCGAACAAAAACGGGAACAGGAGAUUCAACGUAAACUCGAGAUCGCCAAAAAACAUAACGAGCACUUGAUGGAAGUUAAACAGUCGAUUGAAUCCGAGGAAGUGAAAAGCAAGACUGAAAUUGUAACUAAAAUCGAAUCUAAGCUCACGACAGCUGAGCAAAACCGGGAGAAAGAAAUGCAGCGCAAAUUGGAGAACAUCAAAAAGAAUGAGAAACGAGCCGAAACGGUGCGCCAGAACAAGGCGAACAUCCUUGCUCAGAGCACUCCUUCGUCUGGUUAAAUAUCAGGAACCGUAGUUGUAUUUUCUAUUCAUAAUCAUCUGCUUUUAUCAACAAGUCUUGGGUUUUUUGCCUCAAGAUUAAUAUCAUAUUUCGAGAAGAUUAUCAGUAGUUAAGUUCUUCUCAAGUAUUGCUUUUAGACUGAAAACUUGUGAUUAUUUUAUAUUUUCAUUUGUAUUUGUUUUUAAUGGUGUAUAUUGCAUUACCAAUGCUCAUGUUUAUAAAUGGAAUCUUUUCUCGUUUCUGUAGUAUUUUUUGCAAAAGUCCAAUAUAUAAUAUAAUUAAUUAAUUAAUAUUCAUAAGCGAAUUAAUGGUAACGUUAAUUGUGUUUUUUGAAAUGACCAGCUGCUUAGCCACCUGUGAACAAUUAUAAAGCUUUAAGAUGUGUUUCGCGCACUUUUUCACGUGUAGCUAGAUAUUUAAAGAAAUGUAAAUCAAAAUUUUAUUUUUGUGUAAAUGCGAAGAUGGUUUUUUUCGAGCGAUUUGGUGAUGCGUUGACUAAAUAUUUCUUAUAGAAAAUUGCAGCUAACGCAUGUCAGUGCCAUUUUUAUUACAAAACGCUCGAACGAUUCGAUCGCAAAAACUAGGAAGUAAGGUUAUUGAUUGCAUAAAAAGUAUACAUGAUUGAAGUCUACUUUUUAAAUUUCAGUAAGGGAUGAGUAUUCGUUAAGUGUUUAUAUCACAACAUCCGCCUUGUGUAUGAACCUCGGGAAUGACUGAAACUGUGCUUUUUUGAUGUAGUUGUUUUAGUUUGAUUUGUUCACCCGAUUGGGCAAAUAAACGAAAGUAUCACUAUAAGCUUCUGUGAUGAGUUGUUUUUUUCAAAUAUAAAUUUAUAGCAGAUAUUUAGCUAAAGUGUAAAACUAGUAUUUGUGUAGUGUUCGGCAGUCACCGAUUUAUAAUGUUUCAUACGCUUUCAUGUAUAAACGAAUUCUUUGUUCAAACCAUAAGUUGUGGAAUCAUAGUAUACUGAUUAACGCUACAUUUUAACGUGUUGGUUGUAUAACAUUUGUAACGAUUUGGUUUUAGAUAUUACGUUUUGUUCUAUAAGUACUAAUGUUGCUUAAUAAAUAUUAUUAACAAUUGA